AUGGAGAGUGUGAAGAAUAUUGGUUUUGAGUUUUAUGGGGAAGGUUUGUCACAACCUUUUAGAUCCUUGGUGACUUUAUGUUUCCAGGAUAUGGCAGAAUGGGAGAAAUGGAGCCUCAAAGAAGAGUUUCCACACCUGCGUGAGCUUUCAAUUAGAAAUUGUCCUAUGCUAUUGGAGAAGUUACCAAACCAUUUUCCUUCACUAGGAAAAGUUGUAAUAGAAAGAUGUCAAAAAUUGGUGGUUUCAAUUUCAAGCUUUCCGGAGCUUUGCCAACUACAAAUUGAGGAAUUGACAGGGGUGGUACGCAGAAGUAAGAUUGAUUUUAUCUCACUAAACUUGAGUUCUCUUUCAACAAUUUCGGAAUUCAUGUCUCCAGUAGAAGGGCUUCUUCUUGAAGGACUAACUCAUGUAGAAGAUCUAGCUUUUAAAAAUUGUGAGGAGCUGACGCCUUUGUGGUCAAAUGAUGUGGGAUUACUACAACCCCUCCCCUAUCUUCGUGUUCUAAGGUUUCAUAACUGUCCCAAACUAGUUUAUUUGGCAGCAGAAGAAGCAAACGAGCAGCCACUGUCAAAUUUGCCUUCCACGCUUAGAGAAAUUCAUAUCUCUGAUUGCAAUUCCUUGGAAUCUUUACCCAAGGCAGUGAUGUACAACAACACGUGUCUUGUGCAUAUUGGUAUUUAUGAAUGUAAGUCACUUAAGUACGUUGCAAUAGGCAAGCUACCUCCGACCCUAAAGCGGCUAGAGAUAUGGUCUUGCGAGAAUAUGCUGAUGUUGGUGGACGAGGAUGAUACCAUCAGUACUUGUAGUAGCAACUCAUCUCUUCUCAAGUACUUGUGUAUUUUUCAUUGUCCAUCCCUCAAAUCCUUAAUCCCAAGCGGAAAAUUGCCUACAACACUCAAAUACCUCAGGAUUAACUUUUGUUCAAAGUUGGAAUCGAUAGCGAAUAGAUUGCAUCACAACUCGUCUCUCGAAAAAAUUGUUAUUUUGGAUUGUAAAAACCUUGAAUCCUUACCCAUGGGCAUACACACCCUCAGCCAUCUAGACACUAUUCAUAUUCUAAGUUGUCCAGCUCUUGUUUCCAUCCCAGACGGAGGGUUGCUCCCUGCCAACCUUCGAAAGUUGAGGAUUGAUGAUAUGGCCCUACCCAAAUGCAUACACACCAUCACCUCACUUCAAAAUUUACAGAUUUGGAGUCGUCCAAGCGUGGUAUCAUCCUUUCCGGAACAGGGUUUUCCCGCCAACCUAACAUCACUUGAAAUCAGGGAUUGCAACAUCAUUGAGGACUUGCUGGAAUGGGGUUUGCACAGGCUUACCUUUCUUAGACAUCUUGAAAUCAGCGGUGGAUGUCCGAAUCUGGAGUCCUUUCCAGAGAAGUUGCUACCUGCGUCUCUUACUAGCCUCACCAUCCAACACUUCCACAAUCUGAAAUACCUUUCUUCCUUUCAAAACCUCACCUCCCUUGAAAAACUGUAUAUCGUAAAUUGUGUAAAUCUCACAUCCUUUCCAGAGGAUGGCUUGCCUCCCUCACUCCAACGACUUCGUAUCUACAAGUGUCCUCGAUUGAAACAAAGCUGUAAGAAAGAUAAAGGACGAGAGUGGUCCAAGAUAGCUCACAUCCCUUGCAUUGAGAAAUAAAACCAAAGCCUACGAUUGGGGUUCAACAGAGCCGUGAUCUCUCGAAGUGAGACAGAUGAUCAAGUAGUGUUUAUAUUUGCCUAAGAAACAAUCCUGAUGUUUUGGAACAUAGGUGUUUGUUGAAUUGCCUCAGUGACCAAGCGGAGAGUGAAAGCCGAACAUUGAAGUUUUUCAUAAAUAUGGGUGCCUUUGUUGGCUUGACAAAAGAGAAGAAACCUGUAGAACCCAAAGUGUUCAAUGAAGAAAAUGUUGGUCCUGAACAGGAUAUUGAUGUGUCUUUCAAGCAAAAUAGGUAUGGAGAAGGGAAGCGAUUAUCCUAAUGCUGUAUUCCCAGGAACAAACUGAUUGAGAUUAUGAAUAUAAAGAGGUAUGCCUUAUUGAUUCUGCAAUUUUUAAUUUUUUAAGGAUGUUGUGAAUCCAAAUAGACAAAUUCCUUUUUAAUUGAUCAAGAGUAUGGUUGUUAUUAUUAUAUGUAUAUUCUCAUAUUACAACAAAGUAGUUCGAGUAGGAAGUCUUGCCCUAAUAAGUUCAUAUCUGAUGAAUCUUUCUACCAUCUUCGUUGUUUGCAAAUAUAUCAAAAGGCUGAUGCCUGAUAGAAGUUGUUCAGACAUUCUAAGUGUCAUCUGAAAAAGGUCUGUGGAAGACUGCUUUCAUUUUGCUGAUAUGUUGUUUCCUUCCUAAAGUUGUCAUGACGUUUUCUUAACUUUGCUGGUUGUUGCUAAGAUUGCUAGCGCAGAGGAAAUGAUUACUUAUACAUGUAUAUAGGAUUAUCAAGAUUUCUUUUCUCCUUAUUAGGGAUUUCUUUGCACUUACU